AAUCGGAAUGGAAACGCCGCGGAUGAUGACUCGGUCUCGGCAUGUUCCGACGCCGAAAAUGUCCGACCGAAAGAAAUCCCUGUUCGGGGCACAAUCCAGUGGUUUGGUUUGCAACGCAGAGGAGGAUUCGGAUCUGGGACCGAUGAGUCCACUCAAGUUCAGCAACAGUCCCAAAAGAGGCCCGAUGAAAGAUCUCAACAUCACGUCCUUCCGGAACAUUUUGGGCAACGCUUCGCCAGAAAGCGACCGUUCACUGUCGCCCGAUUUUGAACGACGUUUCACGCAUUCGGAACGGUACGAGAUCCUGCCGGCUUCGCACGACAAAGAGAAUCAGAUGAUGGACGAGGAGACGCGUCUGUCUUUUUCCAACAGCACUCCAAGGAUGAGAAACGUGGCUGAAUCAACCCAGUUGGAUGAGAAUAAUUCCAACAGUUUGUCCAUGCUGAUGAACUCCGAUUUGAAUAUUGUGGACAAGAAAAAUGCGAUUAUGAAGACACCAGGUCUGAGUCACGGGGCCGGUCAAAAGAAGGAACCUAAACCGACGUUUCGAAAAUCGAGUUUCCAGGAAAUCGUUCUCACUCCCAGUGACUCGGGGCACAAAUCGAAUUCGUUCUCGGAAUCAACCGGUGAGAGUCGAGCAAGAACUUCCCUUUCGUUCAGUAACAUUCGACCUAUCUCGACAAAGUCGUUCUAUUCUUCUAGCACCACUGAGGUCGUUCAAAAACCGGUCACGAAACCGUCUCCAACCUAUUCGGUCGUGUCAUCCGGUAGAGCACCUCAAAGGCGCUCAACGAGCCACUCUCGGAAACCGCGUUCAAGGUCCAAAAAGCGAGACAACUCUAUCCGUUUGGGAGGCAUCAAUCGGGGAGUUUUUCAUAAAAUCAAGAGGUAUUCCGCCAAGACAAAAGCGGCCAAAGCAACGGUCAAAAAACUUUCCACGAGUCAAAUCCUGGAAUCGACGGCUUCACUGUUCAACAAGUCGCUUCCAACGGCGAACACCCCGGUUAAAUUUCCGUCGGUUCUGUGCAAAUCGGCUCCAACGAGUCCGCAGAACCCCAAACCCCUCAAGGCGCAAAUCGAACGGAUCAAGAAGAUCCUGAGCGAUAGCCGGAAGAACCCGAUUGAGCAGGCUCGACCUCUAUCGUUCUCCAAGUCUAUGACGGAUCUGACCGGCGAACUGUACGAUGAUGACGACAGCGAAGACCAAGGAACAGAUGUUGAAAAUGACGAUGGGGGUGACGAUGCCAAAUCGGAUGGCGGUGGAGGAGGGAGAAAAUUCUUCAAAUCCAGUUCAAACCGGAGAAUCAAGCGGGAGUACAAAGUGGUCAACAACGUGACAGCCACGGUGCGCAAGGGAGUCAAGCUGGCACUGAAAAGCGACAAACCGAGAAAGCGGAAGCACCCGUCGAUGUUUGAGGAUGAAAUCGAUCUCGCUUCCGAACAACUGGAAGUUGACUUUCUCAUCAGCAAGCUUGUCGGUUCCCAGGGCGAACAGGAUGCGGAACAUAUCCCUGUCAAACAAUCUACCCCUUUGAAAACCUACUCAAAACCGGAACCGCAACCCAUAGCACCCCCCACGGUACAGGUUGAGUUCAUCGAUGCGAUACAAAGCGAAAUCAGCAACGACGAGCCGAUUCCGAUGCAAUCGAAUGUUAUCUACGUCGAUCGGCUGUCGCCUCUGAUGAAUGACGUUGGAACUUCCGGGGAAAGUUCAUGCAGUAGCACACGCGACGGAAACUGCAUUCAGCCGGACUAUCAGGAAUCUCCCACGACGCAAAUACGAACGAUGACUUCGUCUAUGAGCAUUUCUCGAGCUGUUAACGUGUCGAAUCAAUUGACAGGCGGCGCCCAGUCCCAGGUGGAGUCCGAUAAACUUUUUCCGAUCUUCUACAAAGACCACCAACGAAUGGUUGCAGCGCAAUCUCAAUCCGAGCAGGACACUUGUCACGGUCUUUUCGAUGCCGUUCGCAGGAAACCCAAGCGACUACGUAUCUCCUUUAGGGGUGCUGGUUCCAAUCAGUACCAGAUCGAUGCCGGACAGAAGGCAUAUGGUGCCCUGCAGUGCCCGGAGUGUGGUCUGCUUUACAGUGUCCACGAGCCGGAAGAGGAGCUGAUUCACGAGAACUAUCACAACUCUUUGCACAUUCUUCGGUUUCCUGGGUGGGGCAGCGAGGCGGUGAUAGCUCACGUUCCGGAAUGGGACGUAAGCGGGCGAGUGUUGGCUGUUGGGAUGACUGCCAACCAGAACAAGCUGCACAAGGUGCAGGAAGUGCUGGCGGUGGUCGAUCGGGAGCUUGGCUACGUAGAACCUUGCCAGCUGGUGUUGGGUUCGGUCGUUUACCUGGCCGUUGCAAGGGGCACGAUACUAGGGAUUUGUGUCGCGCAACCACUGCAGCACGCUAACCGUUUGCUUACGAUCGAAGGUCUCGAAGGGCCGCUUGAUUGCUGUACGAUGGAGACCUAUCCAGUGAAGUGCGGUAUCUCCCGAAUAUGGGUUUCGCCCAGUUUCCGAGGGCACGGAAUUGCCCAAACCUUGCUUACCGUGCUGCGGUCGCACUUUGUGUUCGGUUACCAGCUGAGUUACGACGAGAUUGCCUUCAGUGCCCCGACCGAGGCCGGGAAACGACUUGCGGAGACCGUCACAGGGCGAAAGGAUUUUCUCAUUUACAUGUGAUGAUGGGGCAUCUGGUUUUUAUCUCUGUGCAAAACUUUUGCGCUGUUCUAUACGUACCUAUCUGUGUUAAUCUAUUUUUAUCUCUCUUUUAUUUGUUUAUAAGCAUGCUCAUGACCAACAACGAAUUUCUGCAUUUCCCUCAGAAACUAUUCCCAAAAUGUUUCGCUCUAUUUUUUUUUAGAAAGCCAUACAUUGAUGAACAAAUGUACAAAAAUAAAUUUAUCGUUACUUUUUACAA